AAAUUCGAUCAUAGUUUUAAAUAAUAUGCUGUACAUACUGACGAAUAUUGCACUCACAGCAAUUAUGCAAUAAUUUCAAUAUGAACACACUAUAAAGUUACAUCGAAGAGUAACAUCUAUAGAAACAUAUAUGUUUUUAGUUUUAGGAUAUUCUCAGUGACCCAAGCAGAAGACAAACAAAAAAAAGUAAAAUUAAAUGAGAAUUAUAACGCGUCCGUCUCUUCGUUUGUAUAUCUGUGGCGCGUUUUGGUUCAUACGCGGUUCAACAAACACCCAAUGUGGCGCUUGAACUUGGAAGGUUAUGGAUUGAAGCUUCGGGGUGUGGCAUCAUAUUGCGAUUUAUAAAAUAAAUGGAAUAUUGUAUUCCUAUAUAAUGACGAACAAACUUGUUUUCUGAAUGCGACGAGGCCAAGAAAUCCUAUUUCAACGGUGUACGUGGUGUCUUAAAAAUUUCAACCACUGCCUGGAAAUUUGUACAUCAAACAAAACAAAAAUUGCUUUAAUAUAUUCUAGACGAUAUUGCACUUUUAACCGUACAUUUUAUGAUCUGAUUAAUGCUUAAAUGAAAUAAUAUACAUUUAAACAUGUCUAUGAUAUUUUUCAAUUAAUUUGCAUAUUGACACGUAUUUAUGUGUAACAUUGGCACAAGGUAGUUGAUUGUUACUUGAUAGGAUACGGUCCAUGAAAUCACGUGUAUUAAAGUCUACGUGGGAUGUUGGGCGCUAUCACCCCCACGAGCUCCCACGAGUAUACCGAAAUGUCUCGAUUAGCCGACUACUUUGUUGUGGUCGGCUACGACCACGAAAAAGAGAGAGGUGGUAUAAGUAAUGGAAUCAUUUUACAAAGAUUCCCUGAGAAAGAUUGGCCAGAUACACCAUUUAUAGAAGGAAUAGAAUGGUUUUGUCAACCACAAGGAUGGGCCUUAUCAACAGAAAGACAAGAGCCAAGGUUUUUUGUAUCCAUUUUAACUGACAUCGAUGCAAACCGUCAUUACUGUGCAUGCAUGUGUUUUAAUGAAACUAUAUCUAUUGUGCCAAGUAAGCCUGUAGAUGAAGAAGAAGAUCCUGUAGAUGGUGAUAGUCGUUCUUUGGUCAGAACAAUGCCAACAAUUACACAUCACAGCAUCAUGUAUGCACCUAAAUGUCUGGUGCUGGUUUCCAGACUUGAUUACAUUGAAACAUUUAGAAAUUGCCUUGGUAUUAUAUACACAGUGUACGUAGAAAAUCUUGGUAUACCAUUAGAAACUUUGGUAGGAAACAUAUUAGGUUGUAUACAAGUACCACCUGCUGGUGGACCACAAGUAAGGUUUAGCAUUGGUGCAGGUGACCGUCAAGCACUUCAACCUCCAAUCAGUCCUUCUCUUCCAAUUACUCAUAGUAGCGUAAACCUUUUAUUUCAACAAUUAGGUAUUCGUAAUGUAUUAGUAUUAUUUUGUGCUGUCAUGACAGAACACAAGAUACUCUUUCAUUCUGCAAGUUACUCACGAUUAACCGAAGGAUGUCGCGCUCUUACUGCACUAAUGUAUCCAUUUAGAUAUACGCAUGUUUACAUUCCUCUCUUACCAGCAGCUUUAGUGGAAGUACUCAGUACACCUACUCCAUUUAUUAUGGGUGUACACAGUUCACUAAAAUAUGAAGUUGCAGAACUUAUGGAUGUAAUUGUUGCUGAUUUAGAUGGAGGGUCUAUAAUGGUUCCAGAUGGAGUUUCACUUCCACUCCUUCCUGAACCACUUCUUUCGCAAACACAAGAUGCAUUGUCUUUAGUAUUGCAACCAGAAUUAACUUGUGCAGAUUAUGCCUUUCCACCGCUUGCAACACGAGCCCCACAUUCACCUAUGUUAGACAAGGAGUUAAGAGCAGUUUUUAUGCGAACCUUUGCUCAAUUGUUGCAAGGGUACAGAAGUUGUCUGACAUUAAUAAGAAUUCAUCCAAAACCUGUUAUAACAUUUCAUAAGGCAGCAUUCUUAGGAGAACGUGGUUUAACGGAUUGUGAUUUUACAACUAGAGUGUUGGAUUGCAUGUUUUUUACUUCAUUUAUUGCAGAAAGGGGACCACCUUGGAGGCCUUGCGACGUAUGGGAUGAAUUAUACAAUAACUUGAGCGAUCAAUUAAAACAAGAAGCACAAGAUAAUAGACUCAUUUUAACGCAUAUUCAAGAAUUAGCACAACAAUUAUAUACAAACGAAAAUCCAAAUCCUCAACCAUACGUACAAAAAAUUUUGAAACCACCUGAAGGAGCAUUUGCCAGAAUACACCAGCCACUUUUACCACGCAUUAAUUCAGAACAAGUUCAAGCGAUUAUAGACGAAGGUCUUGCAAAAAAUAAUCUUAAAGUCAGGUUCGUAUUACAGACACAUUUUACAAAUUUUUACCCAUAUUUUAUAUCUGCCUUUUUUGUAUACAGAUUAUCAUCAUUAAGACCAUCACAACCUCGCAUUGUACCAAUGGGUCCACACAUUUCAUUUGUCCAUGACACUAGACAUUUGGUUAGCAAUUCUGCACGUAGACUCGAAGUUCUACGUAAUUGUAUAAAUUGUAUAUUUGAAAAUAAGAUAUCCGAUGCUCGUAAAACUUUCCCGGCUGUCUUAAGAGCUUUGAAAAGCAAAGCUGCUCGUUUAGCACUUUGCAUGGAAUUGUCGCAGCACGUUGUUGGAAACAAGGCUAUGUUAGAACAUCAACAAUUUGAUCUAGUUGUACGAUUAAUGAAUUGUGCGUUGCAAGAUGAUUCGUCUAUGGACGAACAUGGUGUUGCUGCUGCGCUUCUUCCUCUUGCAACUGCAUUUUGCAGAAAACUUUGCACAGGAGUAAUACAGUUUGCUUAUACUUGUAUUCAAGAACAUCCCGUGUGGCAAAAUCAACAAUUUUGGGAAGAUGCUUUCUAUUUGGACGUUCAGAAGGACAUUAAACGAUUAUAUCUUCCUGGUGAGAAUUCUCCACCACGGCUCAUAAACGAUGGUAUUCUAAGUCCUAUCAGCCCACGCGACGGUAAAGAAUUUCCAUUUCGUGAUCGAUACUCGAUUUAUCAAAUUCAAGAACCAUCGGCCCUUGAAAUAGCUGCUGAACAAAUGAGGAUUUGGCCGACUAUUGACGCUGAAAAACAAAAGGAACUCAUAGCAAGCGAAGAGAGUACUAUGUAUAGCCAAGCAAUUCAUUAUGCGAAUAGAAUGGUUUACUUAUUGGUCCCGUUGGAUAUAGGAGCAAAGACUCACCGUCAGGAUAAUGUUUAUGAUGACGAAAGAGCAAGUAAUAGUAUUACAAAUAGUGUAGCAAGCGACAGUGGCGAUGCAGAGUCUGGAUUUGAAGAAACUGAUCCCGGAGAAACUGGUAGCGCGGUUAUUCGGAUGGUUUCAAGAUUUGUAGACCGUGUUUGUACCGAAGGGGGUGUAAGUGCUGAACAUGUUAGAUGUUUACAUCAAAUGGUUCCUGGCGUUGUUCAUAUGCACAUCGAAACCCUCGAGGCUGUACAUAGAGAAAGUAAGAGAUUACCCCCGAUACAGAAACCGAAAAUUUUAACACCCAACAUGUUGCCCGGUGAAGAAGUUAUUAUGGAUGGUUUACGCGUUUAUCUUCUACCGGAUGGAAGAGAAGAAAGUUCUGCAGGAUUGCCAAAGAUACCACCGCUCUUGCCAGCCGAAGGGGCUAUUUUUCUUACUAAUUACAGAAUCGUAUUUAAAGGAAUCCCUUGUGAUCCAUUUGCUUGCGAACAGUUAGUGGUUCGAGCUUUCCCUGUAACGUCAUUAACUAAAGAAAAGCGUGUAGCUGUACAACAUUUAGCACAUUUAGAUCAGUGUUUACAGGAAGGAUUACAAUUACGUUCUUGUACUUUUCAAUUAAUAAAAUUAGCUUUCGAUGAAGAAGUUACACCUGAAAAUAUUGAAACUUUACGAAAAUUAGUUCAUAAAGCUCGCUAUCCACCGCAUAUUUUCCAUCAUUUCGCUUUCAAUGGUCAGGUGCUGGUUACUCAGACUGCGCACCAUAAAGGAAAAGAAAAGAAUGCCACUCUUAAGGGAUUCGCAAAGAAAACACUCUUGAAAACUGCACGUAAGGCAGGUUUUAAGCCAAAACAGUCAUCUAAAAGACAAAAGUACGUCUUGCCAAAUAUGAAUAUCAUUACUAAUAAUAAAUACAUGACAUCACCUGGUCGAAUGAGUUUACCAGUAACAGAUAACAAUGACUUGAGUCACGAUGAUGAUCUCAGUGUAGAUGAUUUUGAGAUUCCUGGUAUUGUAACUCAACCACCGACUGAUGCAAAAACGUUAGAACGAUUAUCAGAACGUAGUUACGUUAGAGAUUGGUAUCGACUGGGAUUAUAUUCAAAUGGACCGCACAAUAAUCGUAGAAACGAACCAUUUCGAUUGUCGUCUGUGAAUUGUGCCUACAUGAUUUGUAGAAGUUAUCCCGCGCUACUUAUAGUUCCUUCGUCAGUAUCAGAUGAAAGUAUUCGUAGAUUUUGUCGGCUUUAUAGACAUAAUAGAAUACCUAUCGUCACAUGGAGACAUCCAAGAACGAAAGCACUUUUAAUUAGAGGAGCAGGUUAUCAUGGAAAGGGUGUUAUGGGGAUGCUAAAAGCUCAUCCAGCAUCUGCUGCAACAUCUUCGGAAACGACAUCUUCUCUAGAACAAGAAAAGUAUAUUAUGGCUCUUGUAGCUGCAACUCCGUUAUCCGCAAUAAGGCAAGGUUCUGCAUGGGGAAUGUCUGACAGUUCUCUCAGUAUUGAUUCUUUAUUGUUAGCGGCUGAAGAUCGUAAUGCGACGCCUGAACAGUCGCGGCGAAAUCCAUUUAAUAAAGCGAUUGGAACAUUGAGUUCAUCAGGAGGUAAGGGCCCAAAGAACUUUGGUCGCUGGGGUUCGUUAAAAGAUAAAAGACAUAAUUCUCAAGCUUCUUUAACUUCAGUUCACCAACGUGGAACUGUGAGACAUUCUACAGAUUCGGAUAGCGGUACUGAAUGUGUUCAUACAUUUCAACGUGCCGCAUUAUACAUCCUGGGUGAAAAAGCACAUAUGAAAGGUGUUAAAGCGGAAUCUGCACCGAAAACAGAUUUCAUUCCAGUGGAAUAUUAUGAUGUAAGACAUACCAAAGCUGCAUUUAAAAAACUUAUGCGAGCCUGUGUUCCUAGCUCUCCGAAUGUAGAGCCUGACCAAAGUUUUUAUAAAUUAAUCGAAAGUUCAGAAUGGUUACAGCAGCUUCAGAAUUUAAUGCAAUUAGCUGGAGCUGUUAUAGACUUAAUGGACGUACAAGGAUCAUCGGUGGCUGUUUGUUUAGAGGAGGGUUGGGAUACUACAGCAACAGUAUGUUCUGUUGCUCAAGUAUGUCUUGAUCCUCAGUACAGAACUAUUGAAGGUUUUCGAAUUUUGAUCGAAAAAGAAUGGCUUGGAUUUGGUCAUAGAUUUGGACACCGUAGUAAUCUUGCAGCGAACUCACAAACUACAAACUUUACUCCUACCUUUCUUCAGUUCCUAGAUAUAGUACAUCAAAUUCAAAAGCAAUUCCCAUUAGCGUUUGAAUUUAACGAAUAUUACUUAAAAUUUUUGGCAUAUCAUUCGGUUUCUUGCCGUUUCCGUACGUUUUUAUUAGACUGUGAGUUUGAUAGAGUAGAAUGUGGCAUUACUGCCGUAGAAGACAAAAGAGGAUCACUGACAAGCCAUCACAAAGGUGUCGACACAGGUAGCGAUGAUGAAACAAUUUACCCUGGAGGUAGAUUAGCAGGAACUAAUCAAGGAUGUAACCUUGGUCAAAGCAUAUUUGAUUAUAUCGAGAAACAACAUGCAAGGUGUCCCUUGUUCUAUAAUUUCAUGUACACGCCUAAUACUGAAAAUACGGUAUUAAGGCCUGUUUCACAUUUAUCAAGUCUCGAUAUUUGGCAAUACUAUUUAGAAGAAGAAUUGGCUCACGGGCCUGCAUAUGACUUAGAAGUAUUGCAACAAGACUCACAACAAGAGGAGGAAGCAGAAGCUGCUGAUGGUGUGGUGAAAAGUAAUCGCAAAGUGGUUACACAAGGGUAUGACGGUGUGAGUUCAAUGGUACCCGAUCAAUUUUCCCAUCUUCUGGAAGAGAUUCAUAAAUUGGAAACUGAAUUGGGUCAUUUGCCACAAAAGUGGAAAGUACUUUGGGAUAAACUUGAAUUGCCAAAUACAGAUUCACUUGCUCGACAUGCUUCAUUCAGUACUGCAUUGGUUAGAUAUCAUGGUCGAUUGAUUCAUAAACGUUCAACAUUAGAAUUACUUUUGAGAGGUAAACUCGCUGGUGGUAAUACUUCUGGAAAUGAUGGUUCCGUUUAUGCACAUCCUCAUAGGUUCGAGAGAUUAGAUUCAGCAACGCCGACUCAUUGCGAUGCCUGCUCUGGUGUAUUAUGGGGUCCUGUAAAAGCCGGUUUGCGUUGUGUUGAUUGUGGCCAUGUAUGUCACGAUAAGUGUGCUGAUGCAGUACCAAAAAAUUGUACAAAAUAUAAGGCAGUAACUGAUAAUUUACAAACUCACACGCUUACACGAAGCGGCGGUGACAAUGGAAGUGUAAAUUCAAGUGUCGCUACAAUACAAACUUCUUCGCAACAAUAUUAUGAACAAUUCUCUAGUAAUGUUGCUGAAAAUAGAACACAUGAAGGCUAUCUUUAUAAACGAGGUGCUCUACUUAAAGGUUGGAAACAAAGAUGGUUUGUGUUAGAUUCUAUAAAACAUCAAUUAAGAUAUUAUGAUGCAAUGGAAGAUUCUCAUUGUAAAGGAUAUAUUGAUUUAGCCGAAGUAGUAUCUGUAACUCCAGCUCAACCAAUGCCAGGGCCACCAAAGAAAACAGAUGAUAAAUCGUUCUUUGAUCUUCGUACAAACAGACGAACAUAUAAUUUUUGUGCUGGUGAUGCAGCAACUGCACAAGAAUGGAUUGAAAAAGUUCAAGCGUGCUUACAAUAGCUUGAUUAUAACUCUAAUUUAAAUUAUGCAAGUGACUGAUAGAUUAAAACAGAUUUUAAUUUUGUUACAUACUAUUGUAUAGUUUACUAGUAGUACGUAUUAUAGACUGCAGUAACAUUGCUUUAAAUAUUUAAAAUCCAACAAUUGUUGGAUUGAAAACAGUAUCAUAAAUUGAAUGUGAUGUACUCAUAUCUUUGACGUAGCAUUAUUAUAUAAAUGUAUAUUGUAAUUGUAUAAUUACAUACGUUAAAUUUGAGUUAUUUCAGCUGGAAGAUGAAAGAUCAGAAGAUACUCAAUUAAACGUUAAAAGUUUUUUAUUUUUUGUAUUAUGUUUUUAAUUUUAAAUGCAUACAAAUAGAGCGUAAACUAUAUUAAAAUGUUAAAUGAAAUCAUCUAUUCUGAAAAUUACUACGAUAUUAUUGUUAGUAUAAUUACAAUUAUAACCGGAUAAGUAGCUACUUUGCUUGUUACAAAGAAUGAACGAACAUGAACGGAUACGAAAAGUCAUGUUCUUUUGAAAUCUCAUGUAAUAUUUGUUUAAUAACUGCUACGCUUAUCAGUAAAACUAAAAUUGAAAAACUCUUGUAUACUAUUAAUUUUUAGUUGUAAUUGCUUUUACAUUUGUAAUAUUUGCUUGCGAAAUGCAUUAUCAUUUUCUUACGUUUGUUAUGUACAUUGCACUUCAAUUUUUUUAGCAAAUCAUUUUUUUAACUUAAUGAAAAGUUACAACUCAAAUGAAAGCCGCAAAAGUUACAUACUAUCACAGUUUAUUUAAUACUUUGUUAAUAUCGUUGUAAAAAUUAAGUAAAUAUUUAAAAAUAAAGAUUGAAAUUUUUUUAAUAA